UCGCAUUAGCCCCGUAUUUGGACCCGACUUUCGCUCAUUACUUUAUUCGUAUAUCAUUCAUUGUCUUGGGAUUUGGUGGAAGUUAUCUGAGACCCUUGGAGACCUUAACCAACGUUUUUGUUUUGUGCGAAUUGGUCUAGUUUUUCUCUUGAUCGAGCCAUUUCGGAGACCCACUGUUACGAUCUUGCUGAGUUUACUGUCACUGUCAGUUUUGUAUGUCAAUGAAGAUGGCGAGCCCAGUAAUCCGCGUAAUCAACCCAGAUGCCCCUCCAUAUCGUCAGCAGGCCGUAUUGGUGGCGACAAAAGAGGCCCGUUACUAUCGGGAGAAAAGGAUGCUCUUUCCCAAACCUCCACAGGAGCUGCGGAACCAGGCUACAGCCUUGGCUCAUGCAGAGAAGCUCCUUCGAGCGGAGGGUAUCCACACUCCUUCGCGUCAGCUGUGCCUGGGAAAGCUGGUGAUACCAUUUGGCCAGUAUGAAAACGCAUCUUUUCACUGGCUUGUGGAAAACGAUGUGGGCUACUUGAAGUACAACCGCAGGCAAGCACCUCCAAGUGUGAUCCUUCAUCAUGGCCAGGGGACGACAGUGAACUGUUAGCUGCAAGCCAGGCUGUUGAAGACACAAUCAAACAGUUCGAGCCCCCUGUCCGGCCCAAGCAGCCCGAGCCCCCUGUCCGGCCCAAGAAGCCCGAGCCCCCUGUCCGGCCCAAGAAGCCCGAGCCCCCUGUCCGGCCCAAGCAGCCCGAGCCCGCUGUCCGGCCCAAGAAGCCCGAGCCCGCUGUCCGGCCCAAGAAGCCCGAGCCCGCUGUCCGGCCCAAGCAGCCCGAGCCGCCUGUCCGGCCCAAGAAGCUUGAACCCGCUGUCCGGCCCAAGAAGCUCGAACCCGCUGUCCGGCCCAAGAAGCUCGAGCCCCCUGUCCGGCCCAAGCAGACCGAGCCCGCUGUCCGGCCCAAACAGCCCGAGCCCCCUGUCCGGCCCAAACAGCCCGAGCCCCCUGGCCAACUCACAGAGUCCCCGUCCACAGCACAGGAUCAUGAGGGUCAGCCUUUUCCCACGGAAUCACCUCUGAGUGACUCCCCUGUGGAGCUAGAGGGUUGGGUGCGUCUGUGGGAAAACCCCAAUGGCAUCCCAUCUGCAGACAUUUCCUGGCUCAAAGACCACAAUGAAAGAGGGCUGUUCACACCCGUUCAAAUCUAUAAGGACAAAAGUGGUCUGUUCAGGAGGCGACGGGUGAUGAAAUCGGACCGCAUGUGGUUUUACCCAGAAGAACCUCCCGGCUACGUCAGGGGUGCCCCGCCAACUCCACAACAGUUUUUUCGGAGUCGUGUUUUUGUGUGGCGUCCUGUUGGAGUGUGGAGGUACUCCCUGAAGUGUCCUCGAGGGGAUCAGUGUCUGGGUAGAGGACGGAACGUGCACCUCUACAAGUCUGGCUAUCACCACCGGGUACGUCACAUCUGUGACGUGUCCACCUGGUACACCAUGCUCACUGAGGUCCUGUGCUGUGGACCAUGUACAAAAGCGGCCAGAAGCGGAGAAGGUGGCACAAUGGGUCGGUGGCUUGCGUGGGAUGCCGCUAUUUUGUCCCAGCUUAGCGAGGCUCACCAAGCUAUGUUCCCUGCCAUCCUCACCAGCAAGCGUGGCGUGGAUAGGACUGUUGUGCGCCUUCUGAGGGACCGGACGGAAGGGAACACCAUGGUCAAGGUGUGGCGGCAGAUACAGGAGAACCACGUUGAAGAGUACCUUCAGCGUAAGGACCUGUACACCACACUCCUCAUGACUGUCGUGAAACCUGGAGGGAUCGUUUCUGCACUAAGGCACACUUUCCAGGCUCCACCUCCUCCAAGAGAGCUCCCCUCCGCGCGGCUCCUGCGCCACGCCUUCCUGCUGGCGGAGGCCAACAACGUGCAGGAUUACCGGAGCCAGAUCCUCUCCACUUUUGGCACUGUGCUGAAAAUGGAUUCCACCAAGAAAGUGGUGAAGAAGCUGUCUGGGGAGGGUGGAGGCUCAGCUGAGUGGUUCACCAGCAUCGGAAACGAGCACUCCCAGAUAGUUUCAUUUGUGCUGACCUGUGAGGAGUCCACAGAGAAGCUGAAACCGAUGUGCCUUGGGGUCAUGGAGAGGUUCCGGCUGGCCAAUCAACCAGUCCCAAAAAUUAUAUACGUGGACCGUGGGUGUUGCCGUGCGCAGGGCCCAACAGCGCUGGGGAUUUUGUUCCAGCCUUGGGUGGACAACGGGAUGGUUGUGCGUCUGGACAUCUUUCACUGGAUCCACCGGUUUGAUGCAGCCAUACGCACAGAGUCCCACUCGAAGUAUGCUGCAUUCAAGUCUGCGCUAGCUGGGGGAGUGCUGGCCUAUAACCGCUCAGACCUGGAGCUGCUCAUCAAGGCCAUGAGAGCCAAGGACCCGGCAACGCUGAUGACUGUGUCAGAUGAGGAUAUUGUCCGCCUCUACAUUACCAGGGAGCACCUCAAACACCACGUGCGAAGGGUCACACUGGGAGCUCAGGAAACAUUCCGGCUCAUCCAUCUGGCCAUUGAGGAGCUGAAAGGUCCCGCAGGGCUGGACGAGAGCGGAGUGAGCCUUUUCAAAACACCUGAGGCCAUUGAUGAGAUGUGGGCAGGCCAGCAGCGACACCUGGAGUGCAUCCAGGAUCCACCAGACAUGAACAUGUAUAGGGUGGCGCGUACCACAACCAUUAACAAUGUGGACCUACCCUACUACAAAUGUCUGCGUGGAAGCAACAGCCUGGAAGGAUUCCACAAAGCUCUGCCGAACAUGAUUCCAGGUCCCCACUGUGCAGCACGGCCCUAUCAGGUUUACCUGAUCAGUGGCAUUGCACGGUGGAACUCUGACAGGAGCGGGGAUGCCGUGUUUGGUGGCAAAGGACGGCACCACAGGACCUAUUCGGCGCCGCUGAUUGAUCGCCUCAACGCUCGCUGUCAGCAGCUGUUCGGAGAGACUGUGGAGGAGAAUUUCCGGGCCCCUGCUGAUGUCUCUUCCAACGAGCUGCUCGGGUUGGAGUACCUGUUCAGCCAGAGCACGGGGGAAUCUGGGCCCUUCUCUCUUCAGGACAUUGUCAACGAUGGACCUGGUCCAGAAGAGGAGGUGCUCCGACCUGGGCAGCCUGAUCCAGAUGACGCAGACGAGGCGUACCAGAGCGAUGUGGAGGCACACGACCGUGCGCUGGAUGCCGUCCUGCCCCACAUCACACUCACCAGCGACGAAACCGCCACUGUUCACCCUCCGGCCUUUGAGGAUGCCUGCAGUCCAAACCCUCUUCCUGGCUUUCCUAAGUUGGAAAUGUUCUGCUCUGUGCUGGUGGAGAUUGGCCUGGCAGAAGAAAAGCUGUCACUCACCACCGAGCAGAGAAACCAGGUCCUUAAAGCCUGGAAUGCCGUGGAGGAGCAUGACAAGCAGCCACAAAAGUUCAACCAGUUGUACAGAACACACUGGGGCAACACCCUCUACUGCCGCACAAAAAGGGACGAUCUUGUUGACGCUGCUCUGAUACAGAGGGUAAAGAUGGCCAAGCGCUACGCACCAGCGCAACAGGACAUCAGUGCUCAGCACAACAGGCUGAUGUACACGCUGGUGAAACUGUUGUGGUUGCGCUCACCUCAAGGCUCUCGCAACAGUCCUGAGAAGAGAACCAUCUUGAAGGCGUACGAGCGAGUCCAGCACCGGAUUUUAGUGGAGGAUCCAGUCCUGUGCAAAGCAGGCAUUCCUCUACCCAAGAUUAACAGCAAGACUGUGCAGGACUUUAUCCGUCGCCAAGAGAGGCUCCUCAACUUGCACGCCACAAAACAGCCCUCCACCAUCACUAAGACCACCUCCAUCUCAUCUGCAGACCUUCCACCAGCACCACAUCAGCCUGCAGUCCUCCCUCCACCAGACUACCCCCUGAUGGAAUAUGUGCCCACACCCAGCACAGCAGGGACCAAGGUGUUAAAGGGAAGGACAGAUAUGAUGGCACCACUCUCCCGGCCUCAGCCACCGAUGCCACAUUUGCUACUGCCACCACCAGUGAGAAAACCCAACGCCCCCUCUACCAUCACCAGACCUGUGCCCUCCCUCUCUGCAUCUACAGCAACCCCAGGAAUUGCUGGCCCCUCCACAUGGCCCAUAAUGCCUGCUAGUAAGUAUGAGUUGUACACGUCGGUCCAGGGGACCAGACUCUCGCGCAAGCGUUUUUGA